AUGGCAGGUUCUAAGGACGCCAAGCGUCAGGAUAGGAUACGUCGUCGUGUUUUCCAUUUUAUGGCCCGGGUCGUCGAUAAGUAUUCCAAGAAGGACAAAAACGACGAGAACAACAGGAGCGACAGAAACAACGAGAACGAUACAAAAGACGAGAAAGGCGAAAUCGACACGAACGACACAAACGAUACAAAUGACAAGAACGAGAAUAACGAGGAUGAGGAGAACGAGAAUGACAAGAACGGCAAGACGGAGACACACGCCCCACAAGCCCCGCCUCCCUUGGGAUUUCUAAGUCUCCCUGCCGAGCUGCGUAUUAGUGUAUACGAAUUCAUCUUCAAGGAAGUCACCUUCUGGCUAUUCCUCGACCGCUCACCGGGCGACCGAGUCAACAUUCGCUUCCGCAAAAACCGCUCAGGUGUCCCCUUAGCAAUGCUACAGACAUGCAAGACAAUAGCCUCAGAGCUCCGCGGCGAAAUGUACCGUAAAGCACGGGUGCAAGUAGUCAACAGCAUGCCCCCGGAGCAGCUGGCCAAGCUACAUCAGGAGCACUACUACCCGCGGGUGGACGAACACGCGGUCAAGUGUAUGUGCGCGCCUGUGCGCACAUUCUUCGCGUCGGUGGAUGUGGCGGCGCAGUCCGCCGAGUGGACGCACCUGUUCUACAAGCAGGCGAUGCCGCUACUUCGCGUGAUGAGCCUGAUGCCCUGCCUGCGCCAAUCUGCUCUCUGCCUCAUGUUUCAUCGCGGCGAGGCUGACCCUCUGGAUGCGAGGCCGAUGAUAAACCACUUAAGCAAGGUGGCCUCGCUGAUGUUCUCGAGAAUGGUCGAGCGGGUGCCGCAUGGCGUGCUGAAGGACUACUUUAUCAACAAGGAGAUAGUUGAACCAGACCGACUGGAGUAUUGCUUGCAUAUGUUUUGGAAGGAGCCGGAAGGGGAUAGCUUGCCUGCUGCCAAUGAAGACAGCGCUGAGAGCGAGCCCCUGGGGUUGUAUGCCCCGACGCUGUCGCGUGAUGAGUAUGAUCACGAGGAACCGAAAAAUCUUGUUAAGGAGAUGAAACUGACCCAGCCAAGGCCACCGCGCGCAUUGUUAGACUUGUGUGAUGGGUGGCAUGGACCGCCGAGGCGGAAGGACACAGACGAACGGCUGGGUACGCCUGCGAAUACGCCUGCAGAUACACCGGCGGUCACACCUGCGGCCACACAUGCGGUCACACCUGCGAACAUACCCGUGGACAUACCGGUCGAUACACCCGCAAACACACCUUCAGACACAUCCACGGGCAUACUUGCGGAUACACUUGCGCGCACACACGCAGCCAAACCUGCUACGGACACACCUGCUAGGGAUACACCCGCGAAGAGAAAACAUCCUUUCCGGAGAAGGAUCUGGCCAAGUAGACCUAUCAGCUAG